UGUAAAUAAUUACGAGCGAUGAAAUUGUAAACGGUUCAUUACUUCGUCGAUUGUCACUCGUUCAUACAUUUUCUCAGAGUUAUCUGGAUUUUUUUUUAUCGUGACCCUGACGAAUAUUUUAGUUUGAAACUAAAUCGAGACCUAUCGAAUCGAAGAUCGAACCAUUCGGAGCUCGUGUCAUCCCAGAUAACCCAUAAUUCAAUUGUCAAUCAUCCUCAACGAAGACAGCGAUAGAUAAUCGAUUAUUCAAGUUCUUAUCAGCAGUAAUUAAUGAAAAAUUCAUAUUCGCAACCGCGAUAUUUGUUUAUCCAUUUUUUCGUUCUGAAUAAAUUGCUCUAAAUUACUCUAAUUAAGGAUUUUAUAAACUCGUUAACAUUGAUUUUAAUUUAAAUUCAAUUCUAUUUGAGUAGGGGAGAAAGUUGAAGAGGAAAUGGUGAAAAAAAAUUCAAUAUUAAUGGAUAAAUAGAAUUCAUAGAAUUACCACUGGAUCUCUUUAUCAAUCGAUCGUCUAUCUCUUUUGCGUUUAUUUUUAAUUCAUUUGUAACUGGUUUCUCUCUCCCGGAAAAACCCGACCGAGUAUCAAAUGAUUUCUCGUAUUCAUGUGCACUCAUACGGGGAUGAGACGAGGGUCCUUGAUGACUUGGUGGAGGUCAUGGUAGCGGUUCCAAUGCGUGACGUCUCUCUUUUGUGUUAAGACCUGGGAAAAUGCCGAUUCUCACCGAUUUAUCUCGUCGUCUCAAUCUGUUGACGACGGACGCAAAACCAGAUCCCCCUCGAAUCCAUAUUAGUGAUAACACAAAUAAUCUCAGCCCGAGAUUGAGCCCAAAAUCAGCACCACCGACGCCGGGAGCAAACAACACUGAUGAAGUAAAAAGAGAUCGAAGAAGUUCGAUGCCUGAGGGUUCAGACACCGAAAAAGACCGGAGGAGCUCCACCGAGACGAAGAAAACGAGAUAUAAGACAAGGAGUCAUAGUACAAAGAAUGGACAAACAGCGAAUAUUGUGAACUACAACAUUGUGAAUUCUAGUGGAGUGAAGAUAGGAGCGACGACGACGUACGUCUGCAAUGUGAAUCAGUACUCAGGGAGUCCCCCGAAGGACUCGAGCCCUGGGAGGACCUCCCCGAGGCCGAAAGGUGCACCAAUGCCAGAGGAGGUCGAAUCCCUGUGGAGGGAGAACCGACCUCUCACUCUCGACGACAUGUUUGUGAUAAAGACACACCUGGGAGUUGGGUGGAAGGACUUCUUCAAGGCUCUCGGGUACUCCGAGGGUCAGCUGGAGCAAUUUGAGGAGCAUCACAAGGUCAAGGGACUCGACGAGGUAAUUUAUCAGACUUUACUCGACUGGAAGCAAUCCUCAGGUAGUGAAGCACGAGUUGGUGUUCUCGUGAAAGCUCUCUGGAGGUGUGAGCAAUAUGACUGCGCUGGAAGACUCGCCCAACCCCCAAGAAAUCUCUGAAUAAAUUUUCCCCACGUGAGUCGUCGUGACAACAAUAUUGGCGUCUCAAAUUAUCACCUGACAUCGAUAAAUGAUUGAUGGAAAUCAUCAGACGCUCGAAAAUCGAUGAUUAAUCUGAUGAAAAACUGAAUUUAAUCAAUUUAUUCUCAUUUGUGAUCGUAAAUUUGGGUUUAUCUACUCUUGUUGCUCUUUGGAUACAUUUUUAUUGAAUAAAUGUCUUUUUAUAA